CUGCAAGUGCAAGAUAGUAUCAAUUCAAUUCAAGUAGGCCUCUAGUUGUUAGUUGAUUUGAGGUUGGUUAAUAAGUGGAAAUUCUAUUGUUUGUGGUAGAAGAAAGUUAUCGUAGUUUUAAAACAAUGUUGCUCCAGGAAAGAAUUUUAAUGAGAAAAAUCAGAAGUAGAGAAAAGAAGAAAUUGAAACUACUGAAGUUAAAACAGGAAUUAGCUGAAGAUGCACAUUCCUCAGACCCUGGUGUCAUUGAAUCUCCUAGUGUCUGUUCAAAACAGAUUACAUCUAGUAAUGUCAAUGGAAGUAAAAGAAAAGAAAAACCAGAAGAAACGGAUGAGAAAUGUCUAGACGUGAAAAGGACAAAAAAGAAGAAGAAAUCACAGUCGGAACCAAGUGAGAAUACUGACGGUGGAACUUCAAAUAGUACAAACAAUAAUGAAAGUAAUGAAAUAAAAGACCCAGUUGAAGCUGUUGAUAGUGAUAGACCCGUUCCUAUAAAAUUAGAAACAGGAGCACCAUUUUCAGCCUUAGAUGGUCAUGUAUGUAAGAAAACACUGAGAGCUAUAGAGGAGAUGGGUUUUACUAACAUGACUGACGUUCAGGCUAAGACGAUACCACUACAACUGGCAGGGUACGACGUUGUGGCUUCUGCUAAAGCCGGUUCUGGGAAAACUCUAGCUUUUCUCAUACCUGCUGUUGAGCUCAUGCACACGCUCAAAUUCAAGCAGAGGAAUGGGACUGGAUGUAUUAUAAUCACCCCUACCAGGGAGCUGUGUAUACAAACUUAUGGAGUGUUGAAGGAGUUGCUGAAGUAUCACGCUUUAACAUUUGGCAUGCUCAUGGGAGGUGCGAACAGAGCAACAGAAGCGGACAAGCUAUACUGGGGAUUGAACAUCAUAGUUGCAACUCCUGGUCGCCUGUUGGACCAUCUCCAGAACACUGAAGGCUUUAUGGUCAAAAACCUGUGGAGUCUUAUUAUUGAUGAGGUUGAUGAGAUACUCCAGGUCGGAUUCGAGGAGGACAUCAGAAAAAUCAUCAGUUUACUACCUGACAGGAAACGGCAGUCUGUGAUGUUCAGUGCUACUGCUUCAUUCAAGUGUCAUGCACUGACCACUCUGAUAACUGGCAUGAGAUUUCAGCCUCACAGUGUGGGAGCUGAUGUCAAGUCGGAAACUACGCCAGCUACUGGUGUCACCCAAGGAUACUUGGUUGUCCCCUCGGAGAGGAGAUUCCAUGUGCUUCUUGCCUUCCUCAGGAAGUACAAGAAGAACAAAGUGAUGGUAUUUUUUAACUCCUGCCAGGCUGUUCAGUUCUACCAUGACCUGCUCAACUAUAUCGAUGUCAGGUGUUUGUGUAUUCAUGGCAAGCAAAAGCAAGAAAAGCGAACAAAAACAUUCUUCCAGUUCAGUAACGCAACUGAAGGAAUCCUGCUGGCAACUACCUUGGCAGCAAGAGGAAUCGAUAUCCCAGACGUCGGCUGGAUCCUGCAGUAUGACCCUCCGGAUGAUAUCGCGGAAUAUAUCCACAAAGUGGGAAGAACCGCGAGAGGAGUUGGUGGCACUGGUCGAGCUGUCCUCAUGCUGAGGCCGGAGGAGAUCAAGUAUGUGCGUUAUCUCAAGAAAGCUGGCAUUUCUCUCAACGAGUUGGAUAUCAAUCCUAAGACACCAGUUGUUGACAAUCAGGGACCGAUGGAGUGGCUGAUAGGUAGAAACUUUCAUCUGAGAAAGUUGGCGCAAGAAGCAUUCCAAGCUUAUGUCCGAGCUUACAGAUCUCACCGUCUCAAGCACGUAUUUGAUGCUGAUAAGCUGGAUUUGAAAAAAGUUGCCCAGUCCUUCGGAUUGAUCAGGCCUCCCCCUGUCGAUCUGCAUACGGACCCGAAGCAGAACAUGGUUCCAUACAAGAGAAGAUUUUAAGUGAUUGCCAGAGUAGAUAAGUUUAGUGUUAUUUCAUUUAAACAAUCAUACUGUGAGUUUAUGAUAUAAUUGUUUUAAAUUGUUAAUAUGUACAUUGAAUACCUAUGUUAAAAAUAUAUGUAUUGAUUUUUA